AUGUUCCACACCUUCGAGGGGUUUGAGAAUUCAGGGCCAGCAACGCCUGCCCGAAGACCUAGCAGCGAGAGGCGCGAAUCUGUGAGUCGCAGAGUCACUACUCUACGUGCGUGUACAUCUUGUCGCCAUCGCAAGAUAAAAUGUGAUGGUGAGAAACCCUGUGAGGCUUGUCGGUGGUACAAGAAAGCAGACCAAUGCCAUUAUUCCGAUCCACGCCCUUCAAGAAGACAUGUCGAGAAAUUAUCCACAACCUUGGAUGAAUAUCGCAGUGUGCUAGAGAAGCUUUUUCCAGACGUGGUUCCUGAGUCUCUUGUCAAUCUCAGCAGAGAGAAAUUGCUCGAAUUAACGACUGGCUCGGCUUCAUACUCACUAGCAGGUGCGCAUCCUGCAUCGCCUGCAACUUCGGGCUCAGUGGAGGCUCAUGUGUCUCCACUAUCAAACGAAGAUGACAAUCUUGAGUCUUUACAAAGUAUGCCCGAGGAAUUAGAUAAUAUUCGACAGCCCAGCACCAGUGAUCUGAUCGUGGGUGUCUCUGACGAUGUGAACGCACUGUCCCUCUCUGCUCGACCCUCUUCUUCUUAUCUGGGUGUAUCAUCCAUUCAGGCGGUUCUCAAAGUCAUCGUGUGGCUUGAUCCUGGGGCUGGGGCCUAUUUCUCUCGGACACCAACAACUCAGCCGUGUGAAAGUGGCCUCGAAUAUGAUACCCGGAAUGCAUGGAAUCAGCCGCCAGUGACACCACCGCACCCUUCGAUCCCUUCGACGGAGAUGCAAAUGCUCGAUGCGUAUUUCCUUUACUUCCAAGCUUUCGCCCCGAUGAUCGAUGAACAAUUGUUCCGCGACACAUACAUCUCCGGCCGUCGAAGAGAUGACCACUGGCUUGCCCUCUUGAAUAUUGUUCUUGCUUUGGGAAGCAUCGCCGCCUCGGGACCGGAUGAUAUGACUCACCAAACAUACUUCAUACGGUGCAAAAGCCACUUGAGCAUUAGCUCACUUGGUAGCUCAAAUUUGGAGACCGUCCAAGCACUGGGACUGAUCGGGGGCUGGUAUUGUCACUACAUUAGCCAACCGAACCUGGCAUACUCUCUCAUGGGUGCUUCACUCCGAAUGGCAGUUGGACUGGGCCUACAUAAGGAAUUCGCAGAAGCACGCCAAUCACCAAAUUCCGCAAGACUUGCCUCAGUAGAUCUGAAGCGCCGGGUCUGGUGGUCUCUCUUCUGCAUGGAUACCUGGGGAGGCAUGACACUCGGUCGCCCUAGUAUGGGCCGCUUUGGGCCAAAUAUUACCGUUAAAUCACCCAACUGCCGAGAAAAGGAAAACGUUCUCGAGAUUCUCCCACUGGUGGAAAACAUUCGCUUCGCCAAGAUCGUGACUCAGGUCCAAGAAUUAUUAGCAGCAGCGCCUCUAGUCAAACAUCAAGAGAUGUCACAUGCAGAUACACAACUCCUCGAUUGGUGGGAGAAUCUCCCACCGGUCCUCAAAGAUCACGAGCCCUGCUCUGAGUCUGUUAGUACCGUCCGAACGGUCAUGCGAUGGCGAUAUCUUAAUCAGCGCAUGCUUCUCUAUCGACCCACCCUUCUGAGCUAUGCCAUGCGGCGUGUUCCGUAUAUUGCGUUGCGAUCGGAAGAGCGCACAGCCAUCGAGAGGUGUCGCGAAGUCGCCGAGCUGUCUAUUCAGAACAUUGCUUGCACUGCGCAACUCAACCAGCUCUGUGGCUGGAAUGCUGUCUGGUGGACUUUCCAAGCGUCUUUGGUACCGCUAGUUGGCCUCUUUCUAAAUGACCCCACAGCCGAUGAUCCCCGUGCUUCAAUUGAAUCCUGCCAGGCGCAAGUGGAGACUGCCAUGACGAUUCUCGCUCGCAUGCAAUCAUAUGGACAUACUGCGAAGCGGUCUCUUGAUGCUGUUUCGUGUAUAUACGAGGCCAGUAAGCGCGGUCAAGACCUUACCACUUUCACAUCUACAUCUAGCCUCUCUGCAAGCCUAUAUUCCGCUAGUCGGGAUAUGACCUUAUUCUCGCCGCCCGAGCCGGCCCGCAUGGGCAUGCAUCAAGGAGAGAAUGGUAUCGCGGAUACCUUGUCAUCAACACAGCUCGUUGACGAAACCGGCCAGUACCUGUGGGAGUAUCUCAGCUGGAGCGAUAAUAAUCUGUGGCCUGGACUUACGGACCUUGAGAGCCGUGCCGAGGCCAUGCCGCUGUUGACGCCGGAUCAAGAAAAGGGUCCCAAGUUUGGGGGUCAACCGUAUUUUGACCCAAUACCGGAUACGUAUUUCGUCAAUCCUCCUCUUUAUUAUUGA